UACACAGCGCAAGAAUAGGCAUUUUGGACUUGGAAUUAUACUCUUGUAGCUUGGUUCUGUUUUUAUUCUGCAUUUGCAACCAUGUAUACAUUGUUAAGUGGAUUUUACAAGUACCUUACACAGAAAGAUGAAUACUGCAUAUUGAUUCUCGGGCUGGACAACGCUGGAAAGACGACCUACUUGGAAGCGGCAAAGACGAAGUUUAGUAAAAACUACAGGGGAAUGAACCCGAGUAAAAUUACAACCACAGUCGGAUUAAACAUUGGCCAGAUCGAUAUCGCUGGUAUACGGAUGAGCUUCUGGGAUCUGGGUGGGCAACAAGAGCUGCAAUCACUGUGGGACAAAUACUACUCGGAAUCACACGCUGUCAUCUACGUCGUCGAUUCAAACGAUCGCGUUCGUAUGAAUGAAUCGAAGGAAGUGUUCGAUCGGAUGAUAAGCAAUGAGUAUCUAUCCGGAAUUCCUUUGCUAGUGCUGGCCAACAAACAAGAUCUACCCGAAUGUAUGGGUGUGCGGGAAAUAAAACCUGUCUUCCAGGAGGCUGGUCAUCUCAUUGGACGCCGAGAUUGUUUGGUGAUGCCCGUAUCGGCGCUAACGGGGGAAGGUGUCGAUGAAGGCAUCAAAUGGUUGGUGGAAUCCAUCAAGCGAAACUCAAUCGUUCGCCCUCCGAAGACAGAAGACACCUGAUCAUAAUUGCAUUUGCCUAUGCGCUUUGAUUUCUCUUGCGUUAUUAUAUUUGUGAUAUAUGUGCUUGAUGAUUAAUGGAUGGUUCGUAUACAUCGAACAAACAUUAUUGGUAAUCCUUAUUCGUUAGUACGAACAUUAUGUAAUAUAAAAACCAAACUUUAUUUCGUUUACUACAAUAUUACUGUUUUUCCUUCAAUUGUAUAAAGUUGAC